AGGUCCCUGCGCCAGACGGCAAGUCCAAGGUGGACGACUACUGGGAGCCCGCCAAGAAAGUCAUCUGGGGCGACACCAAGUUGCUGGAUAGGCUGAUGAACUACGACAAGGACAACAUCCCCGAGUCGGUAAUUGCCAAGCUGAAGCCGCUGGAGGAGGACGCGAACUUCGAGCCAGAGGCGAUCAAGAAGGCGUCGGUGGCGGCCUGUGGCAUCUGCAAGUGGGUGCGGGCGAUGCUCAUCUACGACGGCGUGGCCAAGGUCGUCGAGCCCAAGAAGCAGGCCCUGGCUAAGGCGGAAUCGGAGCUGGCGGAGGCCAACUCCUCGCUCGCGGUGAAGAAGGCGGAGCUCAAGGAGGUUCAGGACAAGGUCGAGAAGCUCGUCAGCGACUUCGACAUCGCAAAGAAGAAGAAGGCGGACCUGCAGGACCAGGUCGAGGUUUGCUCGAAGCGCCUGGUGACGGCCGAAAAGCUGAUCAACGGCCUGGGCGGCGAAAAGACGAGGUGGUCGGCGACUUCCGCGACGCUCGACGUCCAGUUCGAGAACCUGACCGGCGACGUGCUCAUCGCGUCGGGCAUCAUCGCGUACCUCGGCACGUUUCUCGCCAAGUAUCGCAACGAGAGCGUCGGUUCCUGGAUCGAUCUCAUGCGCGCGAACAAGCUGCCCGCCUCAUCGACGUUCCUGCUGCGGACAGUACUCGGUGAGGAGGUCGUCAUUCGGCAGUGGCUGAUUGACAAGCUGCCAAACGACCAGGUCUCCAUCGACAACGCCCUCAUCCUCUCGAAGUCGCGCAGGUGGCCCCUGAUGAUCGACCCGCAGCUGCAGGGCUUCCGGCUCUACAUCACCACCAAGCUGCCGAACCCGCACUACUCGCCAGAGAUCUGCGUGCAGGUGACGCUGCUCAACUUCAUGGUCACGCCAGACGGCCUCCAGGACCAGAUGCUCGGCAUCCUCGUGGCCAAAGAGGAGCCCGAGGUGGAGAAGAAGCGGCAGAUGCUGAUCGUCGAGAGCGCUCAGAGCAAGUCGCAGCUCAAGGAGAUCGAGGACAAGAUCUUGGAGCAGCGCCGCGCUUCGUGGGGCCCGAUCGGGCGAACGGAGGUCGGCUCCACUGUUGUCACGCUCGCGCGCGGGCUGGAUCGACCGAUCAAGUCCCAGGAGGAGCAGCUCCAGUCGACGUUCUACGCCCUGGACCCCGCCGAGCAGGAGGAGUGCACGGAGGUCUCCGGCGCCGAGCUCUCGGCGUUCCUCGCCUGGCUGGUGGCGCAGGCGCCCGUGGGCACCUCGGCGGCCGCCGCCGUCGGGGAGGCGCGGGGGCGCCCGGGCCUGUGGGCCGAGGUGGAGAAGGCGUGGGACCGGCUGGGCGCCGAGGAGAAGGCCGACUGGGUGCCCGCCGACCACCGCGCCACCCUCGCGGACGCUCGCGGCGCCUUCGCCGGCCCAGGCGGUCCGCCCUGCCGGAGCCGCGCGGGGGGCUCGCCGCCGCGGGCCGGCACGAGCGGCGCGCCGCCCGCGGAGACGCCGCCGAGGAGGAGGGUCGGCGGACUGUCCGCGAAGACGCCGUCACCGCCGGGGCCGCUCUCGCCCCUCCCCUCCACGCCUCGACGCGGGGCGCCGGAGCCCGCGACGCCGCCGUCGCGGCGCCGGGUGCACUGCAAGACGCGCGCGAGCUGGACCGUGCUGCAGUGGCUCCGCGGGUCCCCGGGCGGG